UCGAUUUGAAUGAAAUUUUAUUGUAAUUAUUUUCAAUUUCUAGCAAUAAUCAGCAUUAAUUAUAUAAACAAACAAAAUAAGAUUUGUUUAUUGAUGCUGACAGUGAAAUGUGAUUUGAAUUUGAACCUGCGUCCUGCACACUUUCACACGAAUCUUGUGUAUUUACAAGAGAUUUGUUCGUACUCAUUACCCAUCAUACUCUCAUCUGUGUUACCCAUGGAGUAAUAUUUAAUUAAACGCAUAAUAUGGAUGGUUUUGAUAAAGAAUUUAUCACACAAAUGUUUCUCGACAGUGACCAUGUUUCUACAGUAAACAGACUAACUGUGGCAAUUGCCAAUGUUGUUACUGAACAUAGUGAAAAUAUUAUUGUAUUCAAUGAAGCGUUGGAAAAAGAUUUCGGACAAGUCCUGCAGGCGGUUGACAGUGGAAUUGAUAGUUGUCCUGAUUCCCUAAAGGUGAAUGGAUACUACGAAAAUAUUGUGCGGUCUUUUGAUAAUGAAGAUUACUUAGCAAGAUUUAAAAUGAAGAAAUCCACGGUUCAGGCCCUGAUCAAUUUUCUGAAGGAGAACAUAGAAAGAAACACUGUUGUGCCACUGGAUAAAAAGGUGCAUAUAUUUUUAUGGUUGUUAACUAGUGAUUGUUCUUUCAAUGAAGUUGCAACUUUGUUUGGUCUUCAAAAAGCAACAGUUAGUUAUAUUUUUCACAAAAUGGCCUUAUUAAUUUGUGAGCAGAGAUAUAAUUUUAUUAGCUGGCCAUCUAUAGAAGAGCAACAUGUUACUAGGAUAAAAGUUAACAGUAGAUAUAAGUUUCCUAACUGUGUAGGGUUUAUUGAUGCGUGUCAUUUUAAAGUGGGAGCAAAGCACCGCACUAAAGGUAAACAAGAUACUGUUCUUCUACAAGCAGUUUGUGAUGAAUCUCUAAUGUUCAUAGACAUACACAUAGGUGAUAUUGGAAGGACUAAGAAAAACAAGGUUUUUAAAGAUAGCUCAUUAGCUCAAGAAAUAAAAAAUUUCAUUGAUUUUGAAAAUCAUAUCUUAGGUGAUGCUGAAUAUAAAUUAAGAAAGAACUUAAUGACUCCAUUUUCAAGUGAAGAGUUAUUGACUAGUGAAGAAAUGAAAUUCAAUGAAGUCCACUGGAAAGCUCGUUCUUAUAUUGGACAUGCAUUUGAAUUGCUCAAAGAAAGAUUCAGAAAAUUAAAUUAUAUGGAAGUUGUUAAACCAGAAGUUGUAAACACAUUAAUUUGUGCUGCAUGUGUCCUACAUAAUUUCAUAUUGCUACAUGAAGGUUGUCCAGAAAUUAAAGAGGAGAUGAUCAUAUGUGAUGAAGGAGUUACCAUUGACACGAAUAUAGUUAAAACAGCCUCAGAAAAGCGCCAAUUUUUAUGUAAUUAUAUAAAUUACAUUAAUUUAGACAAUGCAUUGACCUCCCCAGUGAAUGAUUUAUGA